CUCCCGGAAGUGGCCCGGCGGCGGCGCGCCCGGCCCGGGCACUGCUCGCUCCUGUUGGGGCGCUGCGGCAGCGCCCGGGUUCGGGCGUCGCUAUGACCAGCGAGCUGGACAUCUUCGUGGGGAACACGACCCUCAUCGACGAGGACGUGUAUCGCCUGUGGCUGGACGGUUACUCGGUGAGCGACGCGGUGGCCCUGAGGGUGCGCUCGGGAAUCCUGGAGCAGACCGGCGCCACAGCAGCGGUGCUGCAGAGCGACACCAUGGACCACUACCGUACUUUCCACAUGCUCGAGCGCCUGCUACACGCACCGCCCAAGCUGCUGCACCAGCUCAUCUUCCAGAUCCCGCCCUCUCGACAGGCACUGCUUAUCGAAAGGUACUAUGCCUUUGACGAGGCCUUUGUGCGGGAGGUCCUAGGCAAGAAGCUGUCCAAGGGCACCAAGAAGGAUCUGGAUGACAUCAGCACCAAAACAGGCAUCACCCUCAAGAGCUGCCGGAGACAGUUUGACAACUUUAAGCGAGUCUUCAAGGUGGUGGAGGAAAUGCGGGGCUCCCUGGUCGAUAACAUCCAGCAACACUUCCUCCUGUCUGACCGGCUAGCCAGGGACUAUGCAGCUAUCGUCUUCUUUGCCAACAAUCGCUUUGAGACAGGGAAGAAAAAACUGCAGUAUCUGAGCUUUGGUGACUUUGCCUUCUGUGCUGAGCUCAUGAUCCAGAACUGGACUCUCGGAGCCGUGGGUGAGGCCCCCACUGACCCAGACUCUCAGGUAGACGACAUGGACAUGGACUUAGACAAGGAGUUUCUCCAGGACUUGAAGGAGCUUAAGGUGCUUGUGGCUGACAAGGACCUUCUGGACCUGCAUAAGAGCCUGGUGUGCACUGCCCUCCGGGGAAAGCUUGGUGUCUUCUCUGAGAUGGAAGCCAACUUCAAGAACCUGUCCCGGGGGCUGGUGAAUGUGGCCGCCAAGCUGACCCACACUAAGGAUGUCAGAGACCUGUUUGUGGACCUCGUGGAGAAGUUCAUAGAACCCUGCCGCUCGGACCACUGGCCGUUGAAUGAUGUACGGCUCUUCCUGAAUCAGUAUUCAGCGUCGGUUCACUCCCUGGAUGGCUUCCGAUUUGCCUGUUCUGGAUGUAUUACGUAAAUGGAAUAUGAGGACUUUUGUGUCUGGCUUCUUUCAUCUAGUGUAAUAUUUUCAAAAUUCAUCCACGUUAUAGCACGUCAGUUCUUCAUUCCUUUUUAAUGGCUGAAUAAUAUUCUAUGGUAUGAACACUUUUAAAAAAUCCAUUCAUCAAUU